CGAUGUUUCUGUUCCGUUUCCAAAAUGUCGUCGGAUCCGCACAUGAGUUCAGAGCAUGGGCAAGUUCCCCGCGAAGUGAACUUUUCCGAACUUACAAAUUUGUUAAUUGGCCCUAACAAGAGAGUUCGAGAGAAUGUUAUAUUCCCAAGGGGAAUAUUUCCACAUAAAAUUAAGACGAAAGAUGAGCUACGAGUAGAAGCUGCCUUCGAAAGCUGUGCUUUCAAGACCGUCUUGAGCUGCGUGUUAGGUGGUGCGUUCGGGGGAGCCAUAGGACUUUUCUCUGCGAGUGUUGAUCCAAAUAUCACUGGAGGCGGAGUAGAUCCGGCUAAAAUGACCGUGCGGCAAGUUUUUGCCGAUAUGAAAGCAAAAACAGCGUCAUACGCAAAGAAUUUUGCAAUCGUUGGAGCUAUGUUCGCCGCAAUUGAGUGCACAAUUGAAAGUCACAGAGCGAAAUCAGACUGGAAAAAUGGAACCAUGGCUGGAGCACUUACUGGUGGGCUCAUCGGAUUCAGAGCCGGACUCAAGCCAGGGCUACUAGGAGCAGCGGGCUUUGCUGCAUUUUCUACAAUUAUAGACUACUACCUCAGAUAGAAGUAAUAAAUACUAGGCAUCUCAAAUAUAGAUUUGUCUGCACUGUACAUAACAGCGUGUUUAAAAUAAAUAUCGCGCAUAAUCUGCGCAUAUUUUGA